AUGUCCAACACAGUUCUGGAUACGCCUGAAAAAUCGGAAUAUCAUGAGGCCGAAUAUAGAGUUGUUAGAUUAACAAACGGUUUAACAGCUUUGUUAAUAUCUGAUCUGGAAGGAGCGAAUAAUGACGAUAUGAAUUAUAAAGAUUAUGAAGCAGGUUGUUCUUCAGCUAAACGAGUUAAAAGAGACGUAUGGAAGGCAUCUUGUGGCUUAUGUGUGGGAGUAGGCAGUUUUAGCGAUCCACCGGAAGUUCCAGGUCUGGCACAUUUCCUUCAGCGCAUAAUUUUCAUGGGAUCCGGAAAUCAUUCAAAUGAAAACGGUUUUAAUGAAUUUAUCAGUCUCCAUGGUGGCACUACUGAUGGCAAAACAGAUUGCGAGUGUACAGUGUAUUAUUUUGAUGUAUAGGGAUAUUUAUCUGCAGCUCUUGAUCGUUUUGUUCAAUUAUUCAUUGAACCCUUGAUAAAGAAAGAUGACAUCACGAGGGAACGAGAGGCUGUACAAAGAGAGUUUCAAUGGAGUACAUUUAAGGACAAAAAUACAAAGGGAAAUUUUUUAUCUUUUAUCGCACGACCUGAUCAUCCAGCCAGUAAGUUUCUUCGGGGUAGUUCAAUAUCUUUAAACAAUGAUAUAGAUGAUGACAAGUUGUACGAAAAGUUGCACGAAUUUAGAAAGCGCCAUUAUAGCGCGCACAGAAUGAUGCUAGCUAUACAGGCAAGGUCAUCACUUUCUACGCUGGAACAAUGUGUCACAAAAUUUUGUAAUACUAUACCAAAUUACGAUCUGCCCCCCGACGAUUUUAAUAAAUUUGAAGAUAGCCUUCCAUUUGAUACUGACGCUUUUAAAAAAAUGUAUCACAUUAAAGUUUGCAAAGAUGUCAACCAAAUACAUGUAACAUGGGCUUUGCCUUCACUACUUAAUUUGUACAGAAGUAAACCAUGUAAAUAUAUUUCAUGGAUUAUCGAACAUAAAGGAAAAGAUUCUUUAACUAGUUAUCUACGUAAAAAAAUGUGGGGCCUUGAUGUGUUUUCUGGUACUUAUAAUAACGAUAAUGGUUUCGGAUACAACUCUAUGUAUAUUUUAUUCGAGAUUAUAGUAGAACUCACCGAUGAGGGAGUGAAACAUCAGCGAGACGUUCUAGAUGCAGUAUUCUCCUUCAUCAAUUUAGUAAAAAGGACGGGUCCACAAGAAAGUAUUUAUAAUGAACUUAUUAAGAUUGGAAAAAAUAAUUUUAGGUUUUUUAGAUUUUUUAGUCAACACGAUGGUGUGUUCGAUAUAUGUAAGAGUAUGCAUUUCUAUCCGUCGCGUGAUUAUGUGACCGGAAAAUAUAUUUAUUUCGAGUAUAACCCAGAAGCUAUACAAAAAUGUUUGGAUUUCUUGGUACCAGAAUCGAUUAAUAUAAUGAUUUUCAAUAAUGAUGUUCGAUUGGGUAUAGUCGAGAAAUUUUCGAAAAUACGCUACACGAGUACUGAAAUAUCGAAAGAAUCGAUCAAACGCUGGAAAUUUAUCGAGCCAUUGCCUAAUUUUCAUUUACCAUCAAGCAAUGAAUUUCUUGCCAAUAAUUUUUCUAUCAUACCGGUAUCAGCAGAAGCUUCGAAAUACCCUGUAAAAAUACACCAAGAUCGUAUGUCGGAGAUUUGGUUUUGCCCGAAGUUUCAUUGGCCGAUGUGUCAUAUAAAUCUACAUAUUGUUUCUCCUAUGUCUCGUCGAGUAGCAAAAAAUGCAGUUCGCCUGCAAAUGUACUGCAAUGUAAUAAAAUAUCUAAUACUCGAAGACUUACACCCGGCUGUAACGGGUGGGUUUAGUUAUGAGAUCGAUGUGAAUGAACAAGCUACAGGUAUUAUAAUACAAAUAAGAGCAUUUAACGAAAAUCUUCCAACCUGGUUGAUGGUUAUUGCAAACUAUAUGAAUUCAGUCCCUUUUUCGAAGGACUUGUUUAAAAUUAUAAAAACGCAACAAGUCAAGGCAUAUUACAACAAAUUUAUAGAUCCGGAGAAGUUUAUCAAGGAUGUAGAAUUAUGGAUAUUGAAGUAUGGCAACUAUACACACGUUCACAAAUACAGUGCUCUACGUAAAUUUAAUUUUGAAAAGAUCCAAGAUUUUUUACGGUCCUUCACCAAUAAUCUGUACUUCCAAUGCCUCGUAGAAGGCAACGUAACGAAAGAUUUUACGAUGAAUAUGAUACAACAAUUUAUCAACAAAAUCAGCCGUGAUUCCUUGAAUGUUAAGAUGUUGGCUGCUUCAUUCUAUAAGAUACCCCGAGGCACAUCUUAUUUCAAAUAGAAAAAUAUUAACCCAACGGAUGUAAACUCGGUAGUGACAAAUUAUUAUCAAAUCGGUUCUGCUACGAUUGAAUUGUCGGUGUUAAUCCAGCUGAUGGUCAUGAUAAUGAAAGAAUCGUUAAUGAAUCAUCUACGAACCCAAGAAAUGCUUAGUUAUAUUUCGUGCGAUUUUAGAGAUGUGAACGGAAUGUUAGGAUAUUCUAUUACUCUUUACACUCAGGCAGAUAAAUACACAACCGAAUGCGUUGAUCAAUGGAUCGAGGGAUUUCUGAAUUCGUUUAGAAUUAUGUUGGAACAGUUCUCAGAAGAGAAAUUAGACGAUGUCAAAGAAGGACUGAGAAUUUUUAAGCAAUACGACGAUACCUAUAUUCUGAAAAACGAAGUUGACAGAGACUGGAAUGAGAUCACGAAGCAGAAAUACAUGUUUGACAGAUGUGAAAAGGAAGCGCUUGCAAUAGAGAAUUUAAAUAUCAAUAAGCUUAGAGAAUUUUUCGGAAGGCAUACACUGAACGGAAGUAGUUUCAGAAAAUUGAGCGUACAUGUGGUAGGAACACCGAAGGAAGUUGCUGUCAAUGCAAAGAAUCUUAAGCAUCCUGUAUACUCUUUUGAUGAUUUUAUAAUUGGAUGUAAUUCGCAUCAUGAUAGUACGGAUCAUCAUAUUACUAACGUAAAGGAUUACAGAAAUUUGUGUCGGGAAUUUGUCUAA